AUGGCUGAAGAAUUCGACAACGUCGACUUCCUGUCACAAGAAGCAGCGGUUGAGCGGCCGUCCGGCCCCCAGCGAACAGCAAGUCCCGCCACUACAAAUACGCCCGCAAAAGUCGUUCAGCCAAAGCCACAAGCCCUGCCUGGAAGACAAGGGCCGUCGGCAAUCCUGGUGUCAACUCGACAAAAGGGCAAUCCUAUCCUGAAACAUGUCACGCAGCUGCCGUGGGAAUACUCGGACAUACCAUGCGACUACGUGCUCGGUGCGACGACGUGCGCAUUGUUCCUGUCUCUGAAAUACCAUCGCUUGCACCCGGAAUACAUCUAUAGCCGCAUUCGCCAGCUGGGAAAGCUCUACAAUCUCCGCAUCCUGUUGACCAUGGUCGACAUCACGAAUCACGAGGAGGCCCUUAAAGAGCUAUCGAAGACCUCGAUGAUCAAUAACCUGACGUUGAUUCUGUGCUGGUCCUCUCAAGAAGCGGGCCGCUACCUAGAACUCUUCAAGUCGUACGAGCACGCCUCAUCCGCAUCGAUUCGAGCCCACCAGGCAGAGACGUACCAGGAGAGUCUGACAGAGUUUGUUACGACGCCACGAAACAUCAACAAGACCGACGCUGCCAGUCUGAUCAUGAACUUUGGAUCUCUUCGAGCAGCUGUCAACGCGGAACCAGAAGAACUGGCUCUGGUGCCAGGCUGGGGCGAGAAGAAAGUCAAGGCUUGGUACACCACUGUACGAGAGCCAUUCCGCGUGAGAAGAGCGGCCAAGUCUAAUGUAACACUACUGAGACAAGAGACUUCCAUGUUCUCUGAGGAAGCCAGCACUCCAGAGUCGAGGCCAGGAAGCGGACAAACGCCCAUCCCUAUUGGCUCCGUACCUAGUCUCAGCAGACAAGGCUCGGCUGCUGUUCCGAUGCAGAAUUCAACCGAGGCGGGCCCCAGCCAUAAGCGUCCUCGUCUGGAAGAAGUUACCAUGGAUGAUCUGGACGAGGAGGAAGAAGCUGCGCUCCUUGCCCUCGCUGACGUGGAAGCUGCAAAAUCAGCGUCACAAACUUCGCGGCCCGCCCAGCCACAAGCUCACAAAGAACCAGAGUUGAGCGCCGGUGUUGCGGCUGCACUCGCCAAACUUCGACAAAAUGGGUGA